UUAUUUUUAUUUUUUUCAGAUGUCUUUCUUAACUACCAAUGGCAGGAAUCAGUGUCAUUCAAGGAUGUAACUGUAGACUUCAGUAGGGAUGAGUGGCAACAAUUAGACCUUGCUCAGAAAAGCCUGUACAGAGAAGUGAUGCUGGAAAACUAUUUCAACUUGAUCUCAGUGGGAUGUCAAGUUCCCAAACCAGAAGUCAUCUUCAGCUUGGAACAAGAAGAGCCAUGUUUGCUGGAUGGUGAGAUCUCCGGUCAGAGCUGUCCAGCCCCAUCUGGACCUGCUUGGAGCUGUCCCCAGAAAGCCUCAUUAUGUCAUUUCCAGCUGGGCAGUGAGCAGGAUGUCAAGGUAAUGAUCACCCCCACAGGGGUCUUUCUUCUCUUCCC